AUUCAAUUACCUUUUACGCCUUCCAAUCCUUGUAUACUUGUAUUAUAAUAUUUUUUAAUUUAUAACAAGAAUGGCAAAGAGUAUACUAUCACGUAUGGUGAGCUUAUUCUCACCAAAGCAAAAGAAAUCUACAGCAAAGUCAAUACAAAAGCCUACCAAAUCAAUUGACAACAUAACAUCACCUUUACACGAUAACAUCAUUGAAUCAUCACGGAAGCAGUCACUGGAGACACAAUCACCAAAAAAGGAUUUAAUUCUCGAUCAACCGUCGCAACCACCACAAUCUCAACCACCACCGCCUACGAUAACAAGUGAAGCCAAUGAAGAGUCAGAUAUGGGUCGAUUUAUAAACAUUCAGGGCGAUCUGCCAAAAACACAAGAUUACAUUAAUAAACUCGAGCAAUACGUCAACAGAGCUUACCAUCAAUCCUCAGACGAAUAUUCGACUAUUUCCUCAGUUACUUCUUCUGCAAAUAUGACACUGGAGGAGGCUCUGUUCUCACACAUCUCGUCAGAUUCUCGUUCAGAAAUUACCGCGUAUUCGUUCGACAGUCCUAAAAUAGCAGUUCGUGCGCAGUCAUCCAGUAGAUCAAGUCUUGUACAAUCUGAUGUUAGACAAUACCAGAUUGCUGACCUAGACCCACCCGCUCAUCACGCUGACAGUAUGGGUGGUAGUACGCCCAAGAUUAUUUUUGAUACGCACCUGGCCAUCUCAAAGUCCAAUUAUGAGCGCUACUUUUGUAAUCUUUAUACACAGGCCCUUUAUUACUUAUCUCCUCUAAACAAAGGUUACAGUCCUGCACACGCUUUUGAACUCUUUGAGGCCAUAGCAGCGCACGGUAGCCAAGUAUACCAAGACUUGAAUCCUCGUACAAAAACCUUAAUCUCUUUUGCUCAAUAUCGCGCAGGAAGAAUGCUCUAUGAGGCAGAAUGCAGCGAAGAGGAUGACCGCUAUAGCCAUCACCAACAGCAAGGUUUAAUCUAUCUUUGUGACGCUCAAAAGAAUGGAAAUGCCCACGCCACCUACAUCUUGGGCAUAUACACGCAAGAACGUGGCAAUCUUGAUCAAGCAUGCCAAUUGUAUCAUGAAGCUGCCAUGGCUGGCUUGGUGGAAGCCAAGGUAUCGUUUGCUAUCACUGUUCUUUAUCAUCAUAUAUCUACAUUCAAGGCAGAAGAUGCCAUUAAAGCAUUAAUUGAAGCUUCUAACCAGGGUCAUUCGCUUGCAUCUUUUCUAUUAGCUGCCUACUAUGAUCAAGAACAGCAAUUCCAAACCGCAGCAAAGUAUGGUCAGCGUGUCAGGCUGUCUUCUGCUAGCCCUAUAUAUGGUCUUACAAAAUACGUCAUUGGCAUCAUCCACUUGAAAGCUGGCUAUGAAGACGCUGCAUUUCAAUACGUUGCUGAAUCUGCCAAUUUUACACAGAUAGAUGACCGUGGACUGCCAAUUAAGAACACUCUGGCUCUUCGAAAGCUGGGCUUAUUCUUCCUUUUAGGCAUUGGCACGCCCAAGAAGCCCGAUGUUGCCUUUCAGUACAUUAAAAAAGCUGCCGACUAUGGUGACGAAGUCGCCAAUAUUAUUCUUGGUCAAAUGCUCAUCCUUGGUCUAGGCGAUACCAUUGAUCGAAUGAAAGCUGCCGAGAUCUUUGAAAAAUACAAAGAUAGCAUUGCUGCCAAGCUGUCUCGUGGCCUGCUGUUCAUGAAAAUAAAUCCAGAAAUUGCUUAUCAAGAAUUCGUAUCGGUCAUGAACUUCAACCCGACACCGUAUGACGAGAAAAAUUGGAACAUCGCUUCUAUACGGUGCGAGGCUACAGUCCGUAUCGCCAUUUGGACAUUCAAUGGUAUUGGUGGCGCGGAGAAGAACCCUCAAUACGCUGUGCAGCUCUUGCAAAAACUGUCUGACCAGUACAACUAUCCAGAGGCUCAUUAUUGGCUUGCGUGGGCCUACUAUGAAGGCGUUCUGGCUCAUGAUGACUCUACGAUUGCUACAAAGGACGUAAACAAGGCAUUCCAUUAUUUCUUGAAAGGUGCUCAGAUGAACAAUGUCAAGUCACUAUACAAGGUGGGCCUCAUGCUUAGAGAUGGCGAAGUUACUCAUCCGCAGUUCCAACGCCAAGAUGCUUUCCAGUUUUUCUUCAAAGCGGCUGGUUUAAAUCAUGUGGAAGCUCAAACCCAAGUGGGUGUUUACUACUUUCAUGGUUUGGCACCUGUUACGCGCAAUCCUGAAAUGGCAUUUGAGUACUUUAGCUUAGCAGCAAGACAUAACAAUACCGAAGCUAUUCUCUAUUUGGCUGACUAUUUCGUCAAGAGCAGUACUCAGCACAGCUCAAUUAAUGUGAAGCAACUUUACAACGAGCUCAACCGCAGUGCAUCUGCACAGAACCCUGCGGCCUACCGUAUGCUUGCCCUAGUCAUCAAUAAGCUUACUGACCCAUCUGAAUCUUAUGAGCCUAUCCUGAGAAGCUCAGUAAGUAGCCAUCAAGCCCUUUGGAGCAUGUACAAAAUGGCCAAAGAAGAAUCAUACAGCAAUACUGAUGUUAAAACUCGAUUUGCAUUACAUUGUCUUUGGAAAGCCCUGGAACUCACAGAUCACAAGUCAGGCAGAUUCAUAUGUACUUUCAUCCCAAAGAUGACUGCGAAUGACGUUUCAAGAACAAUAGAGAUUUUUCAACGAUCAGAAGGCCCAAAUACCCAAAAAAUGAGCGUUGCAUUUGCACAAUUUUUGAAUGCUUGUGGCAAAAAAUCACUUGCUCUCAAAAAGUAUUUAGAAAUAGCUAGACUCAAUAAUGUGAACGAGACAGCCGGUUGGGUAUCUCGUCUAGAGGCUGCUAAGCUGGUGCUGCUAGAGAAUCAAGGAAAGGCACGAAGUAAAGACAUGGUAUUCAACUAUCUUCAGGAAAUGGUUGGUGUUAAUGGAAAGAACUUGUUUUUGCCCUAUUUCUUGUUAGAUGUCAUGAAAAAGAAAUAUGUAAAGAAUGCAACAAGUCAUCGGCCAUUUCGCUGUAUGAAGACGCCCUACGCUAUAAAGCAAAUAAUGACCAGACAGCUGACAAUGCACCUGAUGCUUUAUUGGAGGUCAACAUUCGAUCAAAACUUGUCAAAACGUACUAUGAGUCUUAUCAAGAUAAGAAAUUGGAGACGCAGUUAAACAUGCUGGAGAAUUUACUUAAAAAGCUUGGUGAAAGCAGAGAAACAAAAGAAGCAACAGCUGAUCUAUUGUACUACAAGGGUCUCGUAGUACUUCAUAAUUACAACAUUCUGAAUAACAGAGAAAAAGCUGAAUCUUAUUUAUCCAAGUCUUGCAAACUUGAUCAUGUUCUCGCUCGGCUUGAACUAGGUUAUCUCUAUGGUACUUCUAAAGGAAAAGAGGAUCUGGCUGAUGCCUGCUUCACUUUUGUGGAAGAAAGCAAUAAGACAUUGAUCAAUUUCCAAGGAAGAGUAACUGAAACUACGACUUUCCUACGUUCUACUCGAAUGAAGAAUCCCGUGGAAGAUUACCCAAAGGAGUUUAUACAAAUGAAGUUGG